ACUCUGACAGACUUUACACCCGUUUUGCAACAACACACAGAGAAGACGAUUCACUCCGGUCCUAGUGUAUUUACUGAAGACUGCAGGUGUUAGUUUGGUACGAGGCUUUAAGAUGAGCGUAUCUUCAGAAGAUGACAACGAGAUCUCCUUCGAAGUAAAGUUUCUUGGUCGAGUGCAGGUGGUUCGUCCAAACGGACUACAGGUCCUUGAGGAAGCAGCUCAGAGCCUCAAGACUCCAGAUGUUUACUCCUCAGAAAAAGCGACAAAGAAGAGCAAGGUCCAUCUCUUCGUGUCUCCCAGCACCAUAGACAUUCUGGAAAACAAAACCAAGUUCCUGCUGUACUCCUGUCCUCUGUCUACCGUCUCCUUCUGCGCUGUCCUGCCGUCUUCACCCAAAGUCUUCGGCUUUGUGGCCAAACAUCUGGCAGCCGACACCUACCACUGCUAUCUGUUCCAGAGCAAGAAAUUUUCCCAUGUGCUGGUCUCGGUUAUCGGAGAGGCCUUCAGAGCUUCACAGAAGACGGAGGACACCAGAGGAGGACGGGACCUGAUAGUGGAGGCGCUCAGACACAAGAAUAAAAUGCUGCAGAGAGAAAACUCUGAGCUGAAGAGACGACUUUCAGGAAUAACUGACCACUCCUGUUAACGUACGCAACACAACUUACAGAUGCACAUAUAAGCAAUGAUGGAAACAUCAAGAAGAACAGCAGAAGGCAUAAGAGGGAAUGAAAAAUGGAAGAAGGAAGCGCAUAAAUCAGAGCUGGAAUAAACAUUCUGUUAUUUCAUUUAAUGGUGUUGAAUUACAGUAAAAAUAAGAGUUCUGGGUGUAUUCCAUAACAUUCUUAACAUAGAAGUAAAAUAAUAUGACACA